AUGACGCAACUUCCUCCAGCCAAAAUGGCGACCUCCAGCUCGAAGUGUGUGAAAAAUGGAGAGGUUGUCGCCACGCUGGGAUACACAGCUAUUCCAGUCAAGUUUUCUGAGAAGCACCAGUCACCUCAUUAUCUCUUUGUGAAAGAACACAAAGUCAGAGAGGGCAGAGAUCCCAAGAGGCCUCAAAACCGAACACUUUUUGUCCUAAAUAUUCCUCCAUAUUGUACAGAGGAAUGUUUAUCAAGGCUGUUCUCCAACUUUUGCCCUGUACAAUCUGUGGAGAUGUGUGAAAGGCCAAAGCCAGGAGAUGGGACAGAAACACCCAGGACCAAAUUCUUCAAUAACAAGAUACCCUUGGGAUUCCAAGUAGCUUAUGUGGUAUUCAAAAGACCUGCUGGGGUACAGGCUGCCAAAUCCUCAUCACUACAAGGGCCCUAUAUAAUAUCUUCAGAGAGCCAUCCUGUGCAGACUGGCAUUCACAAAUGGAUUGCUAGAUACGCAGCCUCAAUUGUGGAUCCUGCUGAGCUGAAGACGGAAGUUGACUCUUUCAUGCAAAAUUAUGAUCAAAAGAUUGCAAAGGAAGAAGCCAAAGCUGAAAAGGAAGAAGGUAUUCCUGAUAAGGAAGGGUGGGUGAAAGUGACAAGGAAAGGCCGAAAGCCUGGCCUUCCAUGGACAGAAGCAGCCAAUUUGCAGGCCCUAGAAAGAGAGAAACGCAAGAGAGCACGCAAGGAACUGCUCAAUUUCUAUGCUUGGCAACAUCGUGAAACCAAGAGAGAACACAUAGCCCAGCUAAGAAAGAAAUUUGAAGAGGAUAAGCAGAAAAUUGCUCUCAUGAGAGCACAGCGGAAGUUCCGCCCAUACUAACUUGGAGAGGUUGCAGCUGUCCCCAGGGCAACAGUAGCCAAACUAAGAAAUUAGUUUUUCAUUAAGAAACCAUCCCUGAUCUCUUGGCUGAACUCAUGCCUCAGCUGCUGAAUAAAAGGUACCAACUGCAGUCACUUGUUAAGUCUCUGUGAAGCUGAUAAUUCAAUGUCAAAGAAUUUCUAUUGACAAACUGCGUCUUGAUUCCAUGCUAGGACUUCCUAGCGUCAUGAACCUAGGACUUCUCAAAUAAUUUUUAUAAUGAACCAUUCUGCAGUAUAUUGCUUUAGCACACUUAACAUGAAGGGCAGUUGUUCAACCACCCUCCCUAAACUGUUUCAUUGUAAACGAUAAAUGUCAAGGUUUUUUUAUUUUUUUAUUUUUUUAAAAAAAAGAGAUAAAAGAAGAAACUGAUUUUUUUAAAAAUACUAAGAUAUUAUACCAGUAAAUGGACAAAGAAGUUCCAAACGUUGUGCAGUUGAUACGCAAUAUAUCAUUGAUGAGAAGUUAAAAGCCAAAAUGCAUUAUUUGUAACAAUGAAGAAAAUAAUUUAAAAAAAUAUUAUUGAAUUUCUGAGCUGAAUGCUAAAAUCUUCACUGUUCUGUUGUUUAAAGAUAAAAAUGGAGAAAAACUACUAAAAACAUUAUAGAUAAAUAUUUAGUUUUUAAUAUCUCCUUAGUUGUUCUCUAACUGAUGUACAAUA